AUGGAACAAAAAGAAGAGAAACCCGCCAUGGAAUACAGAUACCUAGGUAAAACUGGACUCAGAGUAUCAGCUCUAUCAUUCGGAAAUAUGGUCAAUCAUCAAUCUGCCGACCCAUAAGCCUCAACUACUGAAAUUGUUGGAAAAUGUCUUGAAUAUGGCAUUAACUUCUUCGACACAGCUGAGAUCUACUCCUUAGGUCAAGCUGAGGUUCUUCUUGGAUAGGCUUUCAAGGACUUGAAGGUUAGAAGAGAAGAUAUCGUUGUCACCACAAAGCUUUUCUUUGGAACUGAUGGUUUUGUUACUAUGGACCAAAGACACGUUAAUCGUAAAGGAUUGAGUAGAAAGCAUAUUAUCGAAGGAACUAAGAAUUCUCUUUCAAGACUUCAACUUGAGUACGUUGAUGUAAUCUAUGCCCAUAGAUACGAUUAGGAAACUCCACUAGAAGAGGUUGUAAAGGCAUUUUCAUGGAUUAUUGAGCAAGGAUAUGCCUUCUACUGGGGUACUUCAGAGUGGGAUGCUGAUCAAAUUACUGAUGCUAUCGUUUAUGCACAAGCAAAUGGUCUCCAUGCCCCAGUCACUGAGCAACCACAGUACAAUAUGCUAGUUCGUAAUAGACUUGAGAAAGACUACGCCACUCUUUUCAGCAAGUUUGGAUAUGGAAGUACUUGCUGGUCUCCACUUGCCUCCGGUAUUCUUACUGGUAGAUACAAUGAUGGCAACGUCCCAGAAGAUUCUAGAUUUACUGUUGAUGAUUCAUUCAAGGACUUCAAAGAUAUGACUCUAGGUCAAUUCUUCUCCCCAGAUAAGAGAGAAAAAUCUAUCUAGAUCCUCAAUAGACUUGGAGAGCUUGCCAAAGAACAUGGCUAUACUCAAACUCAACUCGCUCUUGCCUGGUCUCUUGCUAACAAAGAUGUCUCAAGUCUUAUUCUUGGAUUCUCAAAAGCUCACUAUGUUGCAGAAAACGUAAAGGCUCUUGACCUCUAUAGAAAAUGGAGCAAGGAAUUAGAAGAUACUAUGGAAGGUAUUCUUGGAAACUCCCCAUACCCCACUGUUAACUACAGGCAAUACACACCAAACAAGACAAGAAGACAAAUUGGAGUCUUCGGAAACAACUGA